CCACAACAACAACAACAGCCCCUAUAACAAUAGAUCCACAAUGGCUGAACCAAAUCCCUCCGUUGAGGACUUCACUCCGUUACAGAUAUCAAUCCCUCCUCUCCCAUCGUAUUCUACCAAGACAACACAUUACAUUUACAUACGAAGAAACGCGCCUCGAACACCUACCCCUAACGACUCUCGCAGCCUCUUCAUCGCUAAUGUUCCUACCGACAGCACCGAAGUCCACUUCCGCGCCUUAUUUGGCCGCUUAGUAGGAGCAGGCAAGUUCGAGACCAUAACUUUCGCUCAAGACAAGAAACAAUCAGAAUCUGCCCAUGAACCCGCCCAAGCGAUACGAUUAGCAGCACAUAGGAAGCGAAAGAGAGCCGACGAAGAAUCUCAGAAUGAGAGGGAUGAAGCUGCUGCUGAGUUGCCACCCACGUGGUCCCGGCAAUUAUACCGUAGCGGGAGCUGUGCCGUCGCUCUGUUUGCCGACGAGAAGAGUGUUGACCUGGUCCUCAAAGCCACCAAGAAGCUUAAGAAGCCGAAGGAUUUUCCCGUCUGGGGUGAGGGCGUUGGCGACAAGGUCCCACCUUUAGGCUCAGAAUGGCUGAAAACACACAACAAGAUGACCUAUCCGGGUAAUGACAUUGUUCAGGCUACAAUGGACAUUUACUUCUCCGUCUUCAACAGGAAGGAGAGGGAGGCUGGACAGCUCGCUAAGAGGCUACGCAACGAACCAGACGAGGACGGAUUCGUGACAGUCACGCGAGGCGGUCGCGCCGCACCCGCUAGAAGGGACGAAGCGGAAGAGGCAAAGCAGAAGAUGCUAGAUAAACAACAGAAGAAGAAGGACGAGAUGACGGACUUUUAUCGAUUCCAGAUGCGCGAAAAGAGGAAAGCUGAACAGAUUGAGACUUUGAAGAAGUUCGAGGAAGAUAAAAGGAGAGUCCAAGCUAUGAAGGAGAAACGAGGGAAGUUUAGGCCUGAGACUUGAAGAAGUCAAAACGUCGCUGUUGCCAGUGAUCAUGAGAUGAAGCUAAACAUGCGAUGAAUCCCCGGCUGAGUCACUUUUUGCCUUCCAGUUGGGCUCGACUCUAUUUUGUCCAACCCAUUGACUUCCUAACCUCUACUUGAAAUCACCGCCAGGUAAGCACUUUUC